AUGAUUCAAACAAAGAUUUAUAUAUUUUUGAAAGAGUUUUUUAAUCGAUACCAUCUUAUUGAGCCAAAAUCAAUCGUCGUAUGUCGGGGGAUUUCCGCUCUUUUGAUUUUAGCUCUACUCACAACAUUCACGGCUUUUUUAAUUAUCGAUAUACGUGAUGAUGGUCCGGUAUUGCAAAAGACUACAUUUGAAGCAGAUUCUCUUCCAAUACCAGAUGUUGUGAUUUCGUCUCUGUUUCAAUUUAAGCUCGGUUGCACAUCAGUUAAACUCACUACGAAUGAAGAUUGUACACAAUAUGUCAGUCAACCAGUACAGUCCGCUAGUAAAACGUGGGAGUCAAUUUUAAGUUUGAACAAAAUUUUAGGAGGAUUCAGCGUUGGAGACCUUAUUGGCAUAAGGUUAAGUUUAAGUAUAAAUGACGACAAUUUUGACAUCACUAAAAGUACUGGGUAUGCCAUUUUUGCCUUCGACCCAGAAUUCGGGCCGUACAGCAAUAAAGCCAGUGCUUCAGAUAGUGAUCUUUUAAGCUUUUUGAAUAUCUAUGGCACAAAAUUUACAGCUUCGUUGAAUGGAUUAAACUCAUUUAUUGUGCCUUUCAAGACGGGCGGAGUCUUGUCAUUUUCACGAACUAUUAAAGAAAUUAUAACUAAGACACAAAGUAAUACUUUUGGAAUUCCAGCAAGUUAUAUCCAACAAACAUAUAUCACCUCGGAUUACCAGCUUUUACAAUAUGACCGUAAAACUGAAUAUAUUUUAAUAGCCCCUCGUACUUAUACGUUCCUCGAAGCAUUAGCUUUAUUCGGUGGAAUAUGGGUGAUUGCGGCGGGAGUAUAUACUUGUCUAUUAGGAACAACCGCAUUGCGACCGUGGGGACUGGUUCAUAGCUGUUGCUUUCCAAAUGACAAUCGCAAACACAUCCGUAAUAGAUUUCCAACUAUUCCGUUGUUUUCGCCCACUGCAAACAGUAAUUUCCCAAACGAGAAGAAUUUUGGAACCGACGAUGAAUUUAAGACACGUGUGGAGGAAAGAUUUAAUGCUCUCGAAGUUUUUCUAAAAGAUUAUGUUGUAAAUGCAGAAUGCCUUGAAGAAUUUGUGAAAAGUGCAAAUAACGAUAAGCGGCCCUUAAGCGGCGCGACAUCUACGCUUCCAGCAAAUGUUAAUUCUAAUUCAGUAAAAAUUGAGAAUGAUCCAAACAACCUAAGUAGAAGUACAAGUGUGGCAUACCCAAACGAUCUACCUGUAUAUGGAGCUCCUAGUAAAAUGACCUAUCCGCCUCAAGUGGCGCACAAUAUACAACCUAUGAAUAUGCAAUUUUACGAAUCCUAA